AUGGAGCAUCCCUUACGAGAGCAGAUGCUGACGGACCAGAACGAUCCUCUUCCUCGCGCAAGCUCUCCGUUACCUCCGUGGGAAGAAGCCAUGCUCGAAGAAAGCAACUCUUGGGUCCAGUCCUUCUCCGACCUGAGAUACGGUAUCGCCCCCACGAAGAAGCCCGAGGAGGUUAUGGUCUAUCAGGGGUUUGCGGAGCACCAGCUAGAAUGUGAUCCUGAGAUGACAAGACGCUAUCGCCUUUGUCUGGAGGAGCAAAAGGCGCAGUACAUCCAGCAGAAGUUGGAGGAGAAGAGGGCAGAAAUCGAAAGGGAAACAAGAGAGGCUGAACGAAAAGCGAUGCGUCAAUAUUCAAGACAAAGAGCGGUUCUCCACCAACAGCACCUAGCCUUCUACACCCAACAAUACCCUCGAUAUGAGCAACUGUGGCGUCGCGAGGGACUCUUGGACGACGUAGACGUAGCGGCUGCUAUGGCAAGAGAAGACUUCAACGAAACGGACCCUCAGCAGCCACUGACCUUGGACGAGAGCAUAAUGAGCUCACCGACUUAUCGCUUCGUGUCCAAGCACGAUGUUGUCGACGGGUCUGAUGCUGAUGCCCGGAACCUCGACAGGACUUAUGGUGGUACCGCAGAGGAAGCUGAGGAACAUCUCCAACCUGUUUCUGGAACGGUUAGGACCAGGAGUCGCAGAAAACUUCAAAAUGCAUCUCAGCCGCCACGCCACAUGACGAACUGGCCAAGGCAACAUUCUUCAGAGCCACCUCAAACCCCUUCCACUGCAUUCACUCCCGCCACAUCACUUGGUGAAGCCGAUUUCGACCGAGAAAUGGUCGAAGAUACGCGACUCAUAACACCGUGGGAACCACAAGCUAGGAUGCUAGACGAACCGACUCCUCCCUAUCAUCCAGAAGACGAGAUGUUGUUGAAUGAAUGCGGCGGACCAACACCACAGCCUGUAAAGUCGCCAACGUUAUCCGACUUGAUUGGCAGUGAGACACCUUCUGAAAAAGGAGACGACGACUCUGAUAGAGACGGGGAUUUUGAUCCGAGGAAUUCAUCUUCGCAGCCUCCGACACACCGCAACGUGAAGGGAUUCGGGCAGAGAAAUCGAAGAGUGAGUCGAAGGACGAGACGCUAA